AUGCUUCUGUUUUAUAGAUUGGCAGAAGCUUUUGACAGAGUCAACUUGAGUAUGCUAAUGGAAAUUUUAAAAUCUAUUAACGUCGAUUGGAGGGAUCGCAGGCUGAUCCAGAAAGAUACAAACAGCGUUGAAAUAGGCAGAGGAGUGCGGCAAGGAUGCUGUAUGUCACCGAUCUAUUCAACCUGUACGGAGAAUGGCUCGUCAACGAGGCACUUGAGGGGGCAGGAGAUUUUUCGAUUGGAGGAGAAGAAGAAUCACCACCAUGAAUUACGUGAUGAUCUAGUAGUGAUAUCGAAAAACCAAACCAAGCUACAAAACAUGAUGAACCGAAUUGUCGAAGUGGGUAGAAGAUACGGAAUGGAAAUCAACAUAGACAAGUCGAAAGUGAUGAGAAUCACAAAAAAAAAUAACCUCCUGAGGAUAACAGUAGAAAAAACGAGAAUUGGAAGACGUGGAUCACUUCAAAUACCUGGGUAG